CAGCACUCUCUCUCUCUGCUGCCCACAGAACUCUGCACUCUCUGUGCCAGGGAUCUACAGCACUCUCUCUGCCCAUCCAAUUCUGCACUCUCUUCUCCUGUGCCAGCCAGGGAUCUACAGCACUCUCUCUGCCCAUCUAAUUCUGCCCUCUCUUCUCCUGUGCCAGGGAUCAGCACUCUCUCUGCCCAUCCAAUUCUGCCCUCUCUUCUCCUGUGCGAGGGAUUUACAGCACUCUGUUUCUUCAUGUACCCAAGGUGCACUGCUGUCUGUCCUUGUAUAUGAGGGCUCUGUCUCUGUUCAGGAAUCAGUCUCUCCCCCUGUACCCAUAGUCCCCCACUCGUGCCCAGUUCACAUUUGUAAUACAGGGGUCUUUCAUUUCUCUAUUGUGCCAGUGGAGCUUUAUAGACAGCCAUCCUGUUGCCCAGUUGCCUCCCAGCACGGCCCACUGUAAGUCCAGUAGCAGCACUGAUACAGCACAGACCCAAUUUAACAGCCCAGCUGACACCCCACAGCACACUGGCCCUGUCUCUACUAGCCAACCCCUGCAGCCACUUGCCCCUCAGAAGCCCAGAGCAUGGCAGAGAGUGAAGCCGAGACCCCCAGCACCCCCUGUGAAUUUGAGAGCAAAUACUUUGAAUACAAUGGGAUCCGUCUGCCUCCCUUUUGCAGAGGGAAAAUGGAGGAAAUAUCGGAUUUCCCUGUCCGGGAACAUGAUAUCUGGAUCGUCACGUACCCCAAAUCAGGUACCAGUUUGCUGCAGGAGGUGGUGUAUCUGGUGAGCCAGGGAGCUGACCCUGAUGAAAUUGGACUUAUGAAUAUUGAUGAACAGCUUCCCGUUCUGGAGUAUCCUCAGCCGGGUCUCGAGAUCAUUAAGGAACUGACAUCUCCUCGGCUUAUCAAGAGUCACCUGCCCUACCGAUUUCUUCCUUCAGAUUUGCACAAUGGUAAAUCCAAGGUUAUAUACAUGGCUCGCAACCCUAAAGAUCUGGUAGUGUCAUACUAUCAGUUCCACCGCUCUUUAAGGACCAUGAGCUACAGAGGCACAUUCCAGGAAUUCUGCAGGAGGUUUAUGAAUGACAAGUUGGGGUACGGUUCGUGGUUUGAUCAUGUGCAAGAGUUUUGGGAUCAUCGCCUGGAUUCCAACGUGCUGUUCCUGAAGUACGAAGACCUGCACAAGGACCUAGGGACAAUGGUGGAGCAGCUUGUCAGGUUCCUGGGGGUGUCGUACGAUAAAUCCCAGUUGGAGUCGACAAUCGAGCACUGCCAUCUUCUCAUUGACCAGUGCUGCAACGCUGAGGCCCUGCCCAUAGGCAGAGGGCGAGUCGGCCUGUGGAAGGACAUUUUCACCGUAUCGAUGAAUGAAAAAUUUGACCAGGUGUACAAGCAGCGGAUGGGGAAAUCGGACCUAACAUUUGAAUUCAGCUUAUAGAAUAAUAAAAUGCAUGCAUAUAUAUAUUAA